GCGGAUGCGGCAAUCUUCUUAUUGAAAGCAAGCCGCAAAGCCAGUGUUUUUAUCCAGCUCUGUGUUUAUGAUGGUUCACAAACCAUUGUCUACUUUAGAUCUGCUUCGUCGUAUGUCUAACCAAGGAUAAGGCUGUAAAGAAAACAAAAACAAAAUGGAACUUGUGUAUUCUAUAGACUUUCAUGCUUUUUCUAAAGCAAGCGAAUUUGUGUUUGAUGAGAAAAUAUGCUGCACUUUGUCAUGUCGAAACAUUAUCGCGUUCAGUCGUGCAAGGAGAGCUGAAAAUGAAAGGGACAAGCUGGACAUCAGCUACGAGGUGUGCGUGGUGGACCUGGACAAGCCGUGGCAGGAGUACAGGGUCAUGAUGUCACACACGGCGGUCACUUACAUGAGGUGGGACCCGGCCGGCACCACGCUGCUCAUCGUCAACGCGGAGGGAUGCUUCAGUCUCUGGAGGAUGAAGGAUCACUUACUGAAUGUUUGGGAGGAGGUAGGAUCUGUGGAGAUGGACAAAGAAGAGAUCUUGGUUCUAGCUUGGCUUCACAAUGGAAUUCAGACUUUGUUCAAUCCAGAGGCAAGAGAUUUAAUUGUGUACAACGAGAAGUUUUCUUUGGCCAAGAUGUACCCAUCUGUCACUCAGUUUGGAAAGAAACCAGUUGACGGUUGGAUAGCUGUCACUUCAACUGGCAUGUUGUUAGUGGGCCUCAUCCCUGACCACAGUGGACCGCUGGUGAUGGGGAAAGCCUCCUUGAGCCAGAUCCCAAUGCACAUCACUCAAGCGGAUGUGGCCUUCAUGCCUGAUGGACAGAUCCUCAUUGCAGCCAGUGACGGACAACUCAACUCCUCUGUUCAUUGUUACAUAGCAGCCCUGGCUCUCAAAAAUCACGCCUGCCUUGUUAGGUGUAGCCCUUCUGCUAGCUUUUUCCUCAAGAAGCAGCCUGAUCCAGCAAUUCAAGAACAGCACACUCCGCGACUGACGCGCCUCAGCUUCAUGAACAGAGAGAGCAGCGAAGUGCUGCUGGCCUGUUGGGGCACUGCAAACUACAGCUGUGUAGAGGUCUGGCAUCUAAUAGAGCAGACGGUGCCUCUCAACCGGCGGUUCCAGAACGCAGCAGUGACUGAGUAUGCCUUCAAGACAAAGCGCUGGAUCCACAAGUCUUCGUUCGUUCAUCGCUCAGGGUUAACCAACAUUGCGCGGCCAAAGAUGCCCAUCAGUCGCUCUUUCAACAUGGAGUCGACCAAUUUCCUGUGCUACUUUGCGUGCACUUACCGAGAUGGCUCAAUCAAAAUUGUUCACAGGCAGAGUUAUCAGGUGAUCUACACUUUCUCCUUGGACCAGCUCAUUAAUUUCAAGACGGAGCCCCCAGAGAAACGGUCUCGCACUGCAGUCCCCCACCUGGUCUCCGCCGUGCAGACCAACACUGGCUGUGGCUUGGUGGGCCUGGGGGAAGGUCGUCUCUACUUGUUCCGGAUGUUCAACUCUCGCGAAGGUUCGCUGCAGAUGCUGCCGGUCUUUGUGGUUUUACUGCUGGAGUACACCAUGUACACCGGGCUGGAUUCGUGGGACGUGCUGCUGGCCGUCCGGCAAGGUAUGAUAGAGGGUAUUGUGGACAAGCUUCACUCCAACUUCCAGAAGCAGACUGGAGCCUUCCAAGAGCUGCUUCAGCAACGUCUCCUUCGCCUCAAGAUGGCGCUGUACUCUUGCCAGGUGCCAAACACUCAGCGAGCAUCCGACUGCCGCGCCAUGACGACGCUACAUGCCAUCGCUGCUGUGCUCAAGUCGUGUCUCCGGCCCAAAAACAUCACAGCACAAGACAAGUCCCCUGCUGAGAAACUGUCCAACCUGUGCUCUUUGUCAAUGGAGAUGGAGCUGGACCAGAUGACCAAAGCUCUGGAGCCUGAUGAUCUGAUGCGAGACACAUUCAGGACUACCUCAGGCUCACAGAGUACCCAGUCGUCCUUGCAGUCCCUCCAGCCAUUCGUCCAGUGGGUCACUGACUUUGUGCUGCACAUACUGGCCGCCGUGUCCAUGUACCCAAACUACUCAUCUUACCCAGGGGCUACACUGCUCAAAGAUCCACAGGUGUUAUGCCUGGUGCGUGAGCUGCUCAUUAUUAUCCGAGCCUGGGGCAAAGUCAGCUCUGCCUGCCUGCCAGUAUUUAUGACCACCGUGACCCUCGACCCAUUGCCGCACCUGUUCCGGCUCAUCACAAAGGCGUGGCUGAUGGCCCGAGACAACAGCAACAUUGAGUCUGACCAGACUUUUGUGGAUGAGUGCUGUAAUUUGCCCAGCAAGAUGCUUCUACCAAAUUAUCGAAAAACUUUUGGAGAGGAAAUGAACUGCUACCUUGCUUUCUCACAGCCGUUUCCUAUCAACUAUGAGUUUGGUGUGGAACCAGGUUUUCUGUUUAACUCCCGAUUCCCCCAUCGGAUGUUCCCUCUGGACUUGUGUCUUGAUGCGGAGCAGAAAUACGACUGCGUGCGGCACAUGCAGCUGGGUGUGCACCCACGGGAACAAGUUCGGGAAUGCGUGCGUUGCAGGUCACUGUCUCUGCGAAGGAACCCAGCCAAAACCAAAUCUCCUCUGCUGCGAGCGUGGGAGCUCCGGUUUGUGAAGUCGUGUCUGUGCGGAGGCCACUGGAAGCUGCAGACAUCGGCAAAGUCCAUAGAGAAAUGAACAUGACUCAUAUAUAGUUUUUGGCCUAUUUUUUUCCACUGACUUCAGACUUUUUACAGCAAUCUAGUCUUGGAAGGGUUAGAUCUGCAGCUGCCAGGUCAAGGAUUCUUGAAAAAUGUGAAAACAGUGGUUGCAACAAAUCAGAUCAAAGUCUGCUGAUAAAGAGCUUGUGUGUCUUUUCGUUUACUCUUUGGUGUAAAAAUCAUUGAAUGGCUAAAAAGAGUAAUUGAAGCACUUGAUGUUGGUGAACAGUUGUUAACACUGUUAGCACUGUAAAAUGUCUCGGCUCUCUUGAAUGUCAAUAGUUUGUUAAGAACCUCUUGAUGAAUUGCUAUUUUUCAGUCUGACAUGUACUGAUUACAAGAUUAAGGAAAUAGACAUUUGCAGGCCUAGGCGGUAAGAAUCUGACUAUGGAAAAAAUCAUGCAUGGGCUUGAGCAAGUGCAGCUGAGAAACAAAACAAAAAAACAAAAACAAAAAA